AGUAAGAGAGUAACUAUCCUUUCGGUGGUAGAUUAAAAAAAGAAGAAAUUUUUUUAUUAAUAUUAUUUGCCAACUAGUUACGAUAAGUAUUCUAUUAUUAUAAAACAUGGAGCAAUUUUUUACUCUACCUUUUAUAAUAUUAGAAGUACCUCAUAUGAAAAUUAAAAAACCGUCAUGGGUAAAACAACCGUCUGCUAUGACUAUGUUUGCUAUAGUAUUGGCAUCGUAUUUUCUCGUAACGGGAGGAAUAAUUUAUGAUGUUAUAGUAGAACCACCGAGCGUAGGUUCAACGACCGACGAACAUGGUCAUUCAAGACCAGUAGCAUUUAUGCCGUACAGGGUUAACGGACAAUACAUAAUGGAAGGACUAGCUUCUAGUUUUUUAUUUUCGAUGGGUGGUCUUGGAUUUAUCAUUCUAGAUCACAUACAUAAUACCACUACUCCUAAAUUGAAUAGGUUACUGAUAACGGCGGUAGGAUUUAUCUGUGUAUUGGUAUCAUUUUGUACCACUUAUGUAUUUAUGAGGAUGAAACUACCCGGUUACUUGCAAUCUUAAAAACGUUUUGAAACAAAACUGAUUGUUGUAUAUAUAAAAUUAAGUGUAAUUUAAGCAUAAUUUUGUAUUUUACCCGAAUCAUAAUAAACAUUUUUGGUUAA